GUCUUCGUCUUUUGCAACAUCUUGGUGCGUGUACGCACGUGUGGACUUUUAACAUUUUUGCUUCCUCGUUUCAGAGAUGUCAGCACAGGGAAUUAAAUUGAUUUGAGGUCUUCAUCAAAGGCGUCUGAAGAUGAGUGAAGAGGUGCAGCGGCUCCUGAUCCAGUUCCAGGACGAGAAUGGAGAGCUCCUGGGCUCCCCUUUUGACGUUCCUGUCGACAUCACUCAGGACAAACUGCAGCUCGUAUGCAAUGCGUUGCUGCAGAAGGAGGAGGCAGUGCCGCUCGCCUUCUUCGCUCGCGGCGACACGGAAAUCGUGUCUAGCCUGGGCGUCUGCAUCAAGGAACUGGCAUGGGAGACGGAACAGGUGCUGCCCGUGGUUUACCAGCCCCAGGCUAUUUUCCGGGUGCGAGCCGUCACCCGCUGUACCAGUACGCUGCAGGGGCACACGGAAGCCGUCAUCUCCACCGCUUUCAGUCCCACCGGCAAAUAUUUGGCCAGUGGUUCCGGUGACACCACGGUGCGCUUUUGGGACUUGAUGACAGAGACGCCACAUCACACUGCCAAAGGUCACUCACAUUGGGUUCUUAGCAUUGCCUGGUCGCCUGAUGGCAAGAAGCUUGCGUCGGGGUGCAAAAACAGUCAGAUAUUUCUGUGGAAUCCAGUGACGGGGACACAAAUUGGGAAGACUCUAUCCGGACACACCAAGUGGAUCACGUGGCUUUGCUGGGAACCUCUUCACCUUAACGCCGAGUGCCGCUAUUUAGCGAGUAGCUCCAAAGACGGCUCAGUGCGCAUCUGGGACGUGGUGAUGGGUCGCUGCGACAAGAUCCUGACGGGCCACAUGCAGUCUGUCACUUGUGUCAAGUGGGGCGGCGACGGGCUCCUGUACACGUCAUCGCAGGACCGGACCAUCAAAGUGUGGCGGGCCAAAGACGGCGUCCAGUGCCGGACGCUGCAUGGCCACGCCCACUGGGUCAACACGCUGGCGCUCAACACCGACUACGUGCUAAAGACCGGCGCCUUUGAACCUGCCAGCGCUACCGUCAACCCGCAGGACCUCACGGGAUCACUUGUGGAACUAAAGGAGAAAGCCUUGCAGAGAUACAAUAGUGUUCGGGGCUCCAACCCGGAGCGCUUGGUGUCGGGCUCGGACGACUUCACCUUGUUUCUGUGGAAUCCCGCCGAGGAGAAGAAGCCUCUUGCCCGGAUGACGGGCCACAGCGCCCUGGUCAACGAGGUCCUCUUCUCCCCAGACACCCGCCUCCUGGCCUCGGCCUCCUUCGACAAGUCCAUCAAAAUCUGGGACGGUCGCACCGGGAAGUACCUGAUGUCCCUCCGUGGCCAUGUGGGCUCCGUGUAUCAGGUGGCGUGGUCGGCCGACAGCCGACUGCUGGUGAGCGGCAGCAGCGACAGCACGCUCAAAGUGUGGGACGUCAAAACCGGGAAGCUCAACAUGGAUCUUCCCGGACACGCUGAUGAGGUGUUUGCUGUGGACUGGAGUCCCGACGGCCAACGAGUGGCCAGCGGCGGCAAAGACAAAUGCCUUCGAAUAUGGAGGCGAUAGCUCUCAUGGCCCACUACCUCCAUUCCCUUCUUGUCAAGAGAUCUGGAGCAAAGGUGCUUUAUAGUCACUUUGGUGUUUAAAAAAAAAGAAAAGAAAAAAGCGCAUUGUCAUGGCGACACGCUGACACAAACAAGGUAACACUGUGAACACCUUGCGCUGGGUUUUGUGUAAGUGACAGGUGGGACUACAGUACUUACAACUCUCAGCCCAUAAUCUCCUCCAGAACUGCAAAGAACUCGCCCGACCCCCGAUUAGAGCCCUCUAAUAAACAUAUACACAGACUUUCAAUUUGAUACCGCAACGUUUAUUACACCAUGAAAACCUCCCAUGUAUUUCCUGACGUCAUUCAUUCAUUCAUUUAUUUUAACAGUCAAAGCAGUCUCACGCACCCACAACCACGCAGAAAUGGGAACGACGUUCUCAUGCAAAAUGAGGAGGAUGAUUUUUAGUUUGGCAAAGAUAAGGGACUCCAAAGGCUUUAUCUGUGCUUAUAAAUACCGUACUCGUUUCCUCUCUUUCGUACGAUCGCCCCCUUCACUUAUAUUUCUUCACGUGAAAUUAGACAUGAGUAUCAUCAGUAUAGAAACCAAUUUGGGUAACUUGAUAUGAAAGAAAAGAACAAAAAGGAAACAUGAAAACACCCUUGAUGAGAAUUGAAGCCGCGGGCUGUGAGCUUUCUUGCUAUCAAAAUGGUCACGUCUAACAAAAUGGCUGACGUCUUGUUGAAUUUCACGGCAAAGGCUUAAAAAUAAUCAUCAAUUGUUACUGUUGCCCUAAAAUCAGAAUGAAUCUGCGAUUUGAGUUCUUCAAGCGUCCCCGGAAAUGCGGCGUUUGGAUUAGCAUGACUAUUAGCAUGACUAUUAGCAUGCUAGCAUCGAAUGAGACAAUCGGAGUCGCAUGACGACGCCCGAUAGCAUUGAACGAGACGGAUGGACUUGGUUUGUGAUGACAAGACAAAUUUGACAUUCACAAAAAAAAGUGGCGGGAAUCAACUUGGCGGUAAUAAGAUAUUUAAGCUAGGUUUGCUAAUUAGCUUUACAUGCUACACUGUCGGAGUAGCGCGACACCCAAAUGAGACGGAUUGGCUUUGCAUGUGGCUAAUGGAAGAUUGUGCCCCUUUUCUGAAAAACAAACCAUAA